AUGAAGCCGGUGUUCCAUGAAUACUGCAAGUCGUUCAUUCGAUACAUACGGAGGAAGACGCUGUCUACGAGGACCACUCCGUUGUCUCCCUUGCAGAGUGUCGGACCCCUUGAACUGAAAAUGGGAUAUCCGGCAAUUUACUACACCGCGAGUAUUUACUAUCCUGUACUAGCAGCGAUUGGUAUCCCGGUUAAUUUAGUGGCGAUUGUGAUCCUGUCUCUGGGAAACUGCGGACUCUCCAAAUGCAUCUCCCGUUACCUGGUGGGAAUGGCAGCAGCUGAUUUACUGGGUGUUAUUAUUGCUGUUGUACUCUCUGAAAUCAAUAAUAUUUAUGUUUAUGCCCGUUCUUUGCUCAUUACACCGAUUUGCGCCGUGACGCUUGUACUGAGGCUCGCAACCAUGGACUAUUCUGUUUGGCUCACGGUGGCUUUCACGUUCGAUCGCUGUAUUGCAAUCUGCAGUCAGACGCUGAGGGAAAGGUACUGCAGCGAGAGGACAGCCACUAUUGUGAUAUUAAUUGUGGGUUUAGGGUGUUGUGCGAAGUAUGUCCCAUUCUACUUCGCUGUAGAACCUUACUGUAUCAUUGAUAACAUACCCUGGCGAUGCAUUUUCGGAAUGGAUUACUUCACUUUACCAGCGUGGAAAGCAUACCAAUUGUUUAACACUAUCACCGCACCUUUAUUACCGAUCGGCUUGAUUCUGCUUUUUAAUGCUUUAACAGUCAGUCAUAUUAUCGCGGCAAACAGAGUUCGCCGUGGGCUCCGGAACAGCAGAGAGAAAAAGAAUGAUCCAGAGGCGGAGAACCGGAGAAAGUCAAUAAUGUUGUUGUUCGCUCUAUCAGCCAAUUUCAUAUUGUUGUGGAUCCCCUAUAUUGUAUAUACUAUGAACUGGCAAGUUCAGAAUUACUCUUACGCAGACAGAUAUUUGAAUACCUCGAAAUAUAUCCUGCAACAGUCGGGGAUCAUGUUGCAAUAUCUCUGUACCUGCACCAACACGUGUAUCUACACUCUGUCUCAGAGGAAAUUCAGGGAGGAGCUGAAGGGUGAAGUCAAACGUCUGGUUACGUUAUAUGGCCGCCUCUGUAGCUAA